AUGUUGAGGAUGCAGCAGCAGGUGGAGGGCGUGGUGGGCGGCGGCAUCGUGGCCGAGGCGGAGGAGGCGGCGGUGUACGAGCGGGUGGCUCGCAUGGCCAGCGGCAACGCCGUGGUCGUCUUCAGCGCCAGCGGCUGCUGCAUGUGCCACGUCGUCAAGCGCCUCCUGCUUGGCCUGGGAGUCGGCCCCACCGUCUACGAGUUGGACCAGAUGGGCGGCGCCGGGCGGGAGAUCCAGGCGGCCCUGGCGCAGCUGCUGCCCCCCGGACCCGGCGCCGGCCACCACCAGCAGCCGCCGGUGCCCGUGGUGUUCGUCGGCGGGAGGCUCCUGGGAGGCGUGGAGAAGGUGAUGGCGUGCCACAUCAACGGCACGCUCGUCCCGCUCCUCAAGGACGCCGGCGCGCUCUGGCUCUGA